GGGGAGGGGGGACACAGAGGGAGGAAGAAGCAGCGGCGGCGGCUCCUCGGUGCAGAGGGGGAAACUCCGCGGGCUCCGAGCAAGAAUAAUGCGGUAGCAAAGCGGGCUACUUGCUCCCGGCUCUGGCAUUAGCGGCGUCAGCCUGAGCAGCGGCAUCACUCCAGGCGCUGACAGCCCCGGCCGGCUCCCUCGCUGACUGCCGACUGUCAAUGGAGCUGGAAAACAUCGUGGCCAACACGGUGUUGCUGAAAGCCCGGGAAGGGGGUGGAGGAAAGCGCAAAGGGAAAAGCAAGAAGUGGAAGGAAAUCCUGAAGUUUCCUCACAUCAGCCAGUGUGAAGACCUCCGAAGGACCAUAGACAGAGAUUACUGCAGUCUAUGCGACAAGCAACCAAUUGGGAGACUGCUUUUUCGACAGUUCUGUGAAACCAGGCCUGGGCUGGAAUGCUACAUUCAGUUUCUGGACUUAGUGGCAGACUAUGAAGUUACUCCAGAUGAAAAACUUGGAGAGAAGGGGAAGGAAAUAAUGACCAAGUACCUCACUCCAAAGUCCCCAGUUUUCAUCGCCCAAGUUGGCCAGGACCUGGUCUCCCAGAUAGAGACGAAGCUUCUGCAGAGGCCCUGCAAGGAACUCUUCUCUGCUUGUGCUCAGUCUGUCCAUGACUACUUAAAGGGAGACCCCUUCCAUGAGUACUUGGACAGCAUGUAUUUUGACCGUUUUCUGCAGUGGAAAUGGUUAGAAAGGCAACCAGUAACCAAAAACACUUUCCGGCAGUAUCGAGUGCUGGGCAAAGGGGGCUUUGGAGAGGUCUGUGCCUGCCAGGUCCGGGCCACAGGUAAAAUGUAUGCUUGCAAACGCCUAGAGAAGAAGAGGAUCAAAAAGAGGAAAGGAGAGUCCAUGGCACUCAAUGAGAAGCAGAUUCUUGAGAAGGUCAACAGCCAGUUUGUGGUCAACCUGGCCUAUGCCUAUGAGACCAAAGAUGCUCUGUGCCUGGUCCUGACCAUCAUGAAUGGGGGUGAUCUGAAGUUUCACAUCUACAACAUGGGGAACCCUGGCUUUGAGGAAGAACGAGCCUUGUUUUAUGCAGCUGAGAUCCUCUGUGGCCUGGAAGACUUACACCGUGAGAAUACUGUCUAUAGAGAUCUGAAACCAGAAAACAUCCUGCUGGAUGAUUAUGGCCACAUUAGGAUCUCAGACCUGGGACUGGCCGUGAAGAUCCCUGAGGGAGACCUUAUCCGCGGCCGGGUGGGCACUGUUGGCUACAUGGCCCCAGAAGUCCUGAACAACCAGCGAUAUGGCCUGAGCCCUGACUAUUGGGGCCUGGGCUGUCUCAUCUAUGAGAUGAUCGAGGGCCAGUCACCAUUUCGAGGCCGCAAGGAGAAGGUUAAGCGGGAAGAGGUGGAUCGCCGGGUGCUGGAGACUGAGGAGGUGUACUCCCCCAAGUUCUCUGAAGAGGCCAAGUCCAUCUGCAACAUGCUGCUCACCAAAGACUCGAAGCAGAGGCUGGGCUGCCAGGAGGAGGGGGCUGCUGAGGUCAAGAGGCACCCCUUCUUCAGGAACAUGAACUUUAAGCGCCUGGAGGCUGGGAUGUUGGACCCUCCCUUCAUUCCAGAUCCCCGGGCUGUGUACUGCAAGGAUGUGCUGGACAUUGAGCAGUUCUCCACUGUGAAAGGCGUCAACCUGGACCAAACGGAUGAUGACUUCUACUCUAAGUUCUCCACAGGCUCUGUGCCAAUCCCAUGGCAAAAUGAGAUGAUCGAAACAGAAUGCUUCAAGGAGCUGAAUGUGUUUGGACCCAAUGGUACCCUCUCACCAGACCUGAACAGAAGUCAGCCUCCAGAACCUCCAAAGAAAGGGCUAUUUCACAGGCUCUUCAGGCGUCAGAUUUAGGCUUUCUUAAUUCCAAUGGCUCUUCCCGGGCACCAGAUAAAACCCUCUGCUCAAGGACUCAGGUCUACUGGGGAAAAUGCAAAAAGCCAAAAAACAAAGAGAGGAAAGUUGGAAACAUUCUGGAUUCUACUGCCCCAACUUCCAGAGCCACCAUGAAUGUGUCAUCCGUGGACUUUGAAUUUACCAAGAACUGACUCUCUUCUUCCCUCUCCCCAGCAUCAGAACAAUUCCAAGAGUUCACCCACUCCUAAGACCAGUUGUAACCACCUCGUAAAUUCAAACCACAUCAGUUCAAACUCCACUGGAAGCAGCUAAUUUCAGCUCUGGCCUUGAAGUCCAAGGUGGAACCAACUUAGACCCUUCUACUUGGAAGCAGAACUUGUAGCUGAUAGAGCUUCCACUGUGGCUGCAUAGCCAGGAGAGCUCCCCUGGGAACUGGGAUAGGAUACUGUUCACCCCAACAACAAGCCUCCAAGUUUCUCAAAGAAAUUUCCACUCAGGUCUGUUUUCCAAGGUGGCCCCAAGCUGGGGUGGACUAGAAUUGUCCUCGUUGAGCAUUGCAAUAGAAACCCAAUGGGAUAUGACAGCUUGCACGGAUUUUAAUAGCAUCCUAACUAGAACUGAAUUUUGUCUUUAUUAUUUUUAAAAGAAAGUUUUGUAAAUUUCUCUAUUGUCUCCGUUUACAUUUUGUAUAUUUGUAUUUAAAUGAAAGUCAGACUUUAAGGGUGUAUAUUUUCUGUGUAGCCACUGUUAAGCCAUGUGUUUUAAGACAUUUUAGAUGGGGCGGGGUUUACAAAAAAAUGUGACUCUAGACUUCCAGAACAUCAAAAGAGAAAAUGUUUUUAUUAAAUGUAGAAAAUGUUUCACCUUUUACCUUUAAAGACCUGAUUACAUCUACCUAUAUCCAUCUCUCAAACCUUUCCUCAGUGUAGCUAUCACUCUCCUGUUGACUUGUAAUAAUCUGAAUGAAAUGCCAAAAUACACUUGGGACAUCCCUCCCCUAAACACUCUCUGUGGGGUAGGACCUCAUUGGUAAGAAUAUUUCUGUGGGCAGCAUUUGACAUCGCAGCUUCUCUUGUUCUCCUGCUGUUGGGCAUCUAGCGUGCAGGGCAGGGAAUCCUAAGUCAUUGGGCUGCAGAUCUUGGCUGAUAAAGCUGGUGGUUUUCAAGAGGUUUCUGUUGUAUUUGGGGAUUUUUAUUAUAUAUUAUUUUUAGUAGUUUGUACUGAUGAUAAGAACCAGUCUUGGAAACCCAAGUGUUCCCAACCAUGGGACUAUGGAGAAGUGUGAAUUGGGGGUCCAUCAUGAGUGACUACCUCCGUACCUGUUUAGGCCUUGGUUGGUCAGUAAAGUGAUCACCAGAUCAUGACACCUUCAUGGGGCCCCACAGACUUGUUGGCUCAUGUGACACAAAGGAAUUCAUCAUUCCAGGCAAAUGGGAUGCCUAAGAAGAAACUCAGGCACCAGUGAAGUGCAAGACAAUCUCAUUGUCACUUCCCAAGGAGAGCUGGGCCAGAUGCUGGUUCUAAUUGGGCAUCUCAAAGUUACAGGCACAAGUCACUCCUGGAAGACUUAACAGAGUUCCCUUUCCAGCCCUGGGGGAGUUGUGGCCCAGCCCCUGAAAUCCCAGGAGGUGACAAGGUACAGAUUUACCCUCACCUUCUCACCAGGACAGGGUGAGUAGCUGUUCUCACUGCUCCCCUGGGAGAAGGAGGCUCUGAGUAUGACUCUGCUUCAAAAUUUGUCUCAGCCACCAACUACUAGGGUUUCUUACAGGGUGAGCCAGGUGCUACCUGAAUCAGCUCCUAUUAAAAUGCAGAUUCAUGGGCCAUACCCCAAGCCUAUUACUUGCUGAUCUCAUUUUAUAGUUCAGGCUGGUCUCAAAUUAAAAAUCUUCCUGCUUCAGCCUCCUGAGUGCUAGGAUUAGAUGACAAGUGCAUACUACCAUGAAAUCUACAUCUUUCCCUGCAGUAUGGCCAUUCCAAAUGUGUUUUUCUGAGGUACCUGACAACUUUGGAACUUGAGCCUGUCAGGAGGAGAAUCCCAAGCAUGUAGAUCUCAUAUCUUUGAAUCCAAGCUCUCCCAAGGUUUGCUGCUAGAAAGGAGCCUGGUUUGGGGGACUAAUUAUCCUGAAGUCAGUUAACCAUGAGAGAGGAAACAGCUAGGCCCUAUGGAACAUGAUUAACCUCAAGCCUGGCCCCCUGGCUGCUCCUAAACCUUUCUUGGGCUGAAUAUGAAGCAAAUACAAAAGACCAUAUCCAGGUUCUAUUGGGGAGCAGGACACUUGGUACUUCCAGAUCAUCAAGCUGUUGCUCAUGCUUCUUCCUUGAAGAAAAGAAUUGUCAUCCUUCUGGUAUGGCCACCAGCCCCAGCCACACACAACCCCUGCCUGCUCUUCACAGGAUUGUUUCUAGUUCCCCACCCACAGCCAUGUAACCCUUGUCAGGUGGGUAACUGUUAAGAAACAGUUUCUCCUUAGGCCUCAAAAUCAAGGCAAUGUCCAUUUACAGCAGAGAAUCCCCAGGAAGCUAAACAAAUAGCACAAGUCUGGCUACCAUGUGUUACCAUCAUGAGGUCCUGAAAGAUCUGUGCACUGAAAUGUACCUGAGUGCCUGUGGGAGGUAGGGGUAGUCACAUGAUUCAGUCUUUUAGUCUGGCCUACUCAUGGCUUCAUAACAAGAAACAGUGCCUGAAAAGUGGCCCUCCUCCCUGACUGAGUCCUCCUCCUACCUUUGUUAGCUGCAUUUUUUUUUAAGUUUUUUGUUUUUGUUUUUAAAUGAAAAUAAACCCUCUUCCCUUUCCAGGAGAAAGUGUAUGUGAACAAUGAUGACUGUUGUGUAUGUGAGCUCUUGAUUUUCUGGGGAUGAUAUUCAGGGUCGUCCCUCCCCCCAAAGGGUUUAAUGGACAAUUUUAAGUCAGAAUGAUUAUAGCAGAGGCCACCUUUCCAGGUGUAUCCUCUACUCAUUCUUGAGCCUGAACUGCAAGGCUCCAAGUUCACUCACCUGCCUAGGGGCUGAGUCUGGCUGCAGCUAUGGGGCUGGUCUCUGAAAUGUGGUGUUCUCUGGGAGGGCCAAGGCAGCAAGAGGCGUGCCACACAGAUAGCUCCAAUAAUACGCGUGGCCCAUGACGUUUCUGAUGAGUUCAUAUGCAUGGCACUUCUCUGCUUUAGAGGCAUAAGUAAGAUGCCUGCUUCAGAACUGAGGCCAGCCACUGAAAAAGCUGAGGCUGAGAAGUUUCCAUGCUUCUCCAAGGAACUUAGCCCCAAUAUUAAAAUCUAUUAUUUUCUUCUGGACCAAGUACUUUCUUGAAAGACUGGCUCUACUUUCCAUUAAAUUAACUGAACCUCCUGGAGCCUGGUAUUCUAAGCCUUGACAAAGGGAAUGGUGACAGCUUCUUGGACAACUAGAGGUCCCAAGAGGAAAAGAAAAAGCUGAUCCAAACAACACUGGGAUCUUCUAUGUGUCUGCUUUUCUGGUUGUAUCCUCAUCCCCUCCCAACUGUCUCCCAUCUUCAUAACCCAGUACCCUGAAAUAGGACCUUCGAACUUAGGUCUUGCUAUGGAAAGGCAAUAUAAAGUCUCUUCCUCCAGACUAUAGUUGGAAAGCCUCACCCUGGCCCACUUUCUGUAAUGUUUGUACAACCAGCCACACAGGUCAUGAAGCUGACAGGUUUGUAGGCCAGAUCCUGCACAGGCACAUAAAGUGCCUCCCCUGGCCCAAACUGAAAAGUCUUGACUCAGGACAGUGAUUUAACAUGUGACAAGCUAGCUCACCCUAGGAAAGAAGUAUCAUUCACCCUAAAGGAAGAUGCUGGGCAUUGGGCAUUUUUCCAGUCCAUCGACCCACCAUUCCUGUAAUAGAUCACAAGUAAAUGUUGUCCAUUAGAAGGGCAUUGUGGCUACUGGCAUUGUUAUAAUAAUAACUCUAGUAUCCAAAGGUUCUCAUUUUUUUCCCAGGGAUAUUUUAGCAUUAAUGAAUGAAUGUGGUUCCAUCUUGGAGGUUAUUCUCAAUGAUAACAGCUUCUGUUAUGCUGCUGUGAACCUCUCAUGUUCCAUUCACUAUGUCACAGUGCCACCGUGUCUAGCCACAACCACUGUUGUUUUAUAAAGAUAAAUAAAUUCCUUAAUGAAUAUAA